AUACUCGGACGCUGGCCGUAUCAAGCCAAGCGUUCCCGGAUCUUUCUUCUCAGUCUGUAUUUCGUUGGGAUUUUAACGGUCGUCGUGGCAGAGCUGAUACACUUUGUACGAGUGAUACGGAUAAAGGAUAUUCCAAAAAUAAUCGAUUGCCUGCCGGCGCUGAUCUUCACCUAUGGCGCGAUGGUCAUGAUAUUCAACAGCAUGAUAAAGUUCGCCGAGGUUCGCCGGGCUGAUCGAGUCUUCGUUCACGGCCUCGCUGUUGCUGCAGCUCUUUCUCAACAUGGUCGUGAUAAGCGUGACGGGCGUGCAGACCAUAAACCGCAGGGAGCAGCCCGGGGAGAUGCUCAAGUUCUCGCUGAGCAGCCUGUCGGUGAUGACGCGGCUCUUCUACAUCUCGUGGCCCGGCCAGAAGAUGAUCGACCACAGCCUCCGCGUGCGAGAGCUAGUGUGCAGCGUCGCUUGGUACGAGCUGCCGGCGGGCUCGAGGAGGCUUCUGCUGCUGAUGCUGCUCAGGAGCUCGAGGGCUUGCCACAUCACGGCCGGCGGCAUGUUCCCCAUGAAUUUCGAGACUUACUGCAGGGUGAGCUUUCGAGGCUUUAUAAAAAUAACUUGGCCGUCCAUCUCUCUCUCUCUCUCUCUCUCGCUCUCCCCCGCUCUGUUCCAGCUCAUGCAGACUUCGAUGUCCUACUUUACCAUGAUUCUGUCGACGCAGUGAAUUUCCCAUCGAUGUAUGCCAAUAAAGUUUAGCUCUUUGCGAUAGUCAAGCGAGGCAGUUUCUCUAUAGUCGUGUAUAGACAGGGGGUGCAGCGUAAGUACGUAGAUAUAGCUCCGAAUUGAUCUCUCGAACCUUCAUCGGCGCGCGGCGGCGAGUCAGCGUAUCCGAUAAUAUUAGACUAUCCACGAUCCACAUUUUCCUUCCCCCCUAUUCGCGCGAGCCGCGACCGCCAAGGCUGCGCGCGUGCGGACCUGUUGGCCGUUGUGCGCGGAGCGGAUAGCGGCUCUAUAAAGCCAGCCGGCCGAUCGGCGCCGGCACCACUUUGCUCCUCGGCAGCCGCAAACCCGCUACUCGCAGACGCACCGCCCCGACAUGGCCCUCGAACGUCAAGUCCACGCCAAGAUCCUGGCGAAGCGCGACCCGGAGCAGGAGCGCGAGGCCCAGGAGUGGAUCGAGAGCAUCAUCGGCAACAAGUUCCCCGCCGGCCUGCCGAUCGAGGACGUCCUCAAGGACGGCGUCGUGCUCUGCGAGCUCAUGAACAAGAUCAAGCCCGGCUCCAUCAACAAGGUCAACACCUCCGGCGGCGAGUUCAAGAUGAUGGAGAACAUCAACAAGUUCCAGAAGGCCCUCAAGGAGUACGGAGUCAGCGACGUCGACGUCUUCCAGACCGUCGACCUGUGGGAGAAGAAGAACAUCGCCCAAGUCGUGACGACCCUCUUCGCCCUCGGUCGCGAGACCUACAGGCACCCCGAGUUCCAGGGCCCCAACCUCGGCCCCAAGCCCGCCGACGAGUGCAAGCGCGACUUCUCGGAGGAGCAGCUCAAGGCUGGCCAGACGGUGAUCGGCCUGCAGGCCGGCUCCAACAAGGGAGCCACGCAGGCCGGCCAGAACAUGGGCGCCUCCCGCAAAAUCCUCCUCGGAAAGUGAAAGGGGCGCAUCCUACACUCUCACUUUUCAUGUAUAUAUACUCCUAUACGAUUUAUACUGCGUACGCUCUAUGAUACUUGUUUGAUCUACUUUUGUAAUGGAAUAUAAUAUAGACGCAUCGUAUAUAUAUAUAUAUGUGCGUGUGUGUUUGUGUAUAUAUA